AGUACACAGUAAACACAGACAGACUUGUUAUUGCCGAAACCAAAACCUCCCUUCUCUCUAAAACCUUAUCCUCCUCCGCCAUGGCCGCCUUCUCCGCCAACGGUCAUCUCAUCCCGGCGGCGACUAGCUCCGGCGCCGCAACUUCACUCUCCUCCCGCCGGAAAUUCACCUCCUCCUCUUCACGCGCCCCGCGCCUCCCGACACCGUCCCCUCGCACCCCAUCCUUGAAAUGCUGCAGCAGCUUACCUACUCGAGACACAGAGCCAUCGUCGAAGAAUUCUAUCCUUAAUUCACUGAAGAAGCCUCUAGCCGUCGCAUCCGCCUCCUCUGCCAUUUCCUUCCUUCUCCUCCGAACCUCGCCUCUCAUCUCGAUCCUGACCGGCGGCGGCGGAGGAGACAAUGGAAAUUUCGGAGGUUUUGGGGGAGGAGGUGGCGGUGGCGGCGGAGAUGGAAAUGACGGUGGAUUCUGGAGGGAAUUGUUUUCUCCUGCGGUGGCCGUUGCGGAUGAAGAACAGUCGCCGGAUUGGGAUUCUCAUGGGUUACCAGCGAACAUCGUGGUACAGUUGAACAAGCUUAGUGGUUUCAAAAAGUACAAGAUCUCUGAGAUACUCUUCUUUGACCGACGGAGACAAACCACUGUUGGCACGGAGGAUUCUUUCUUCGAGAUGGUCUCGAUCCGACCAGGCGGUGUGUACACUAAAGCCCAGUUGCAGAAGGAGCUCGAAACCCUAGCUACUUGCGGAAUGUUUGAGAGAGUCGAGAUGGAAGGGAAGACGAAGCCCGAUGGAACCCUAGGUGUCACAAUCUCCUUCACGGAGAGCACAUGGCAAUCAGCGGAGAGGUUUCGAUGCAUCAACGUGGGGCUAAUGCCUCAGUCGAAGGCGAUAGAGAUGGAUCCGGACAUGACGGAUAAGGAGAAAAUGGAAUACUACAGGAGCCAGGAAAAGGACUACAAGCGGAGGAUUGACCGGGCAAGGCCGUGUUUGCUUCCCGGAGAGAUUCACGGCGAGGUUCUGCAGAUGCUGAGGGAACAAGGGAAAGUCAGUGCGAGGCUGCUUCAGAGGAUUAGGGACCGAGUUCAGAAAUGGUACCACGAUGAAGGGUACGCUUGUGCCCAGGUCGUGAAUUUUGGGAAUCUGAACACAAAGGAGGUUGUUUGUGAAGUUGUGGAAGGAGACAUAACUCAGCUGGUUAUCCAGUUCCAAGAUAAGCUCAGUAAUGUGGUUGAGGGUAAUACCCAGACUCCUGUCGUGCGCAGGGAAUUGCCCAAACAGCUCCGCCAGGGAUAUGUUUUCAACAUUGAAGCUGGCAAACAAGCACUCAGGAACAUUAACUCCUUGGGACUGUUCUCCAAUAUCGAAGUCAAUCCACGUCCAGAUGAGAAAAAUGAAGGGGGAAUUAUCGUGGAGAUCAAGCUUAAGGAGUUAGAACAGAAAUCGGCCGAAGUCAGUACAGAAUGGAGUAUUGUCCCUGGGCGUGGAGGAACUCCUACGCUGGCUUCAUUGCAACCAGGAGGGUCUGUUACUUUCGAACAUCGGAACAUCCAGGGUCUAAAUAGGUCUAUCAUGGGUUCAAUAACCACUAGCAACUUCUUAAAUCCUCAGGAUGAUCUUUCAUUUAAGCUUGAGUAUGUCCACCCAUACUUGGAUGGUGUUUACAAUCCUCGUAACCGAACCUUCAAGACGAGCUGCUUUAACAGCCGGAAACUUAGCCCGGUAUUCACUGGAGGACCAGGUGUUGAGGAAGUGCCUCCUAUUUGGGUUGAUCGAGCUGGUGUCAAAGCUAAUAUAACCGAGAAUUUCACCCGCCAGAGUAAGUUCACAUAUGGAAUCGUGAUGGAAGAGAUAACAACUCGGGAUGAAAGCAGUCAUAUUGCUGCAAAUGGUCAGAGAUUGUUGCCUAGCGGAGGAAUCAGUGCGGAUGGACCUCCAACAACUCUCAGCGGUACUGGUAUUGAUCGUAUGGCCUUUCUUCAAGCCAAUAUCACCCGUGACAAUACCAAGUUUGUGAAUGGGGCUGUUGUUGGGGAGAGGAAUGUCUUUCAGGUGGAUCAAGGGCUGGGUAUCGGGAGCAAUUUCCCGUUCUUCAACCGUCACCAGCUGACAAUGACGAGAUUCAUACAGCUGAAGGAAGUAGAAGAAGGAGCAGGUAAGCCAUCGCCACCGGUGCUAGUCCUUCACGGGCAUUAUGGGGGAUGCGUAGGUGACCUCCCGAGCUAUGAUGCAUUUGUCCUCGGUGGCCCAUACUCUGUCCGGGGUUACAACAUGGGCGAGCUUGGUGCUGCCAGAAACAUCCUCGAGGUGGGAGCAGAGAUAAGAAUACCGGUGAAGAGCACGCAUGUGUAUGCAUUUGCGGAGCAUGGGAACGACCUGGGGAGCUCAAAGGACGUGAAGGGGAACCCGACGGCAGUGUACAGGAGGAUGGGGUAUGGUUCAUCGUACGGAGUGGGACUGAAACUUGGACUGGUUAGAGCGGAGUAUGCGGUUGAUCACAACAGUGGUACGGGUGCUGUCUUCUUCCGGUUUGGCGAGAGGUAUUAGAGACGAUGGAACUUAUUCAAAGGUAAGAGCUUUGACUUGAUGUGUGGAUUUGAUGGAAUGCGGCCAUUGAGAAAGAACACCUCUUUUUAGUUUUUUUGGUUAAGGCAGAGCAGCGUUUUAUAUCAUCACCCUCUUUCUCAUCAGAGACUGGUUGUGAGUUCAGAGUUUGCGGUCUGGUUACUUACAUAUCAUCCUUUCUCUUCUUAUUAAUAAGUUUUCUUUUAUGUGC